AUGGUUGCCAUCAAGUCGCUGUGGACUGCUGUCCUCCUUGCUUGUGUGGCUGUUUCUGAAGCAAAGAGCUGCAAGAAGCCUUUCAUCCGAAGAGAAUGGCGUUCACUUAGCUUGGGUGAUAGGGAUCGUUACAUCAAGGCGCAGAAGUGUUUGAUGAAGAAGCCAAGUCAAUCGUCGAAGGCUGAUAUCCCUGGUGCCAAGAGCCGAUGGGAUGACUUCCUUGGAACGCAUAUCAUCAAUGCUGACGAUGUGCACUUUGUGGGCACAUUUUAUCCUUACCACCGCCUCCUCGUGCAUGCCUAUGAGCAAGAGCUUCAGACAUGCGGCUGGAAGGGUGGUGUCCCCUACUGGGACUGGACCCUAGAUUCCGCAGGCCCAGACAACGACACAUCUGUGUUCUAUGACUCGCCCAUCUUCGACAAUAAGCACGGCUUUGGUGGAAAUGGAGCCUGGGUCCCUGGAAACUUCUCCAGCCCCCAGCCUGGUCUGCCCGUCAACCCCCCCUGGGACGUCCCCGACCGCUCUGGCGGCGGCUGUCUCAAGGUCGGGCCCUUCGCUGGUCUCAAGUCCAACCUGGGCCCUGGCAACGGCACGGCGUAUAACCCCAACUGUAUCCGUCGUGACUUUGCGCCUUUGUCUUUUAGAGAUAUGUCUGGACCGGCUGCCAUCAAGACUGGUAUGAGCCAGAAGGACUUUGGCUUCUUCGAUCGUGUCACCGAGAGCACUUUCCACUCUGGUGGUCACUGGGGAGUUGGAGGUUUGUACGGUACCAUGACUGACAAGUGGCAAAGCCCCGCUGAUCCUCUCUUCUGGGUGCACCACGCCAAUGUCGACCGUGCAUGGUGGUCGUGGCAAAUCCGUGACCUCAAGAAGCGUGAAAAGGACGUCUCUGGGCCUCUUGUCAACUUUGACUACACCAACCAGGCUGGAGGCAACGUGACUUUGGACCACCCCAUCUUUGUUGGCGAGACUGUCAAGAUGAAGGCCAAGGUCAAGGAUGUCAUGCACAUCCGCAAGGGUAUGCUGUGCUACGACUACGAGGACACUUAUUAG